CCAGCUACAAAGCACUGGACGAUCCUCGAAGAGCCACCAACAAUCAAUAUUCCUCUGAAAUAAUGUGUGACUGCGAAGUUGACUGGAACGGCUGGUAUCGCCUCUACAUUCAGGGUCAGAGCGUUCAGAUGCCAGACACAUGUGUUGAUCAGGACAGCUGUGGCACUCACGCCCCACUGUGGCUGACCGGAGGACAUCCAACAACUGAGGAUGGAGUGGUCACUCGAAAUGUCUGCGGUCACUAUGACAAUGACUGCUGCUCUUUUAUAUCCAAUCCCAUUAGAGUCAAAGCCUGUCCAGGAGAUUAUUAUGUCUAUGAGCUUGUGAAACCAGCUUUCUGCUAUUUAGCAUAUUGUGCAGAUGCAACGAACAUCAAUACCACAUAUACUGUCACGACUACAAUUACGACAGUUCCUCUUGUUGACCCCUGCAACAACUACUAUGUGCUAGAUAAUCCAUGGAGAGCCACCAACAAUCAAUAUUCCUCCGACAUAAUGUGUGACUGUGAGGUUAGCUGGGAUGGCUGGUACCGUCUCUACAUUCAGGGUCAGAGUGUUCAGAUGCCAGACACAUGUGUUGAUGAGUAUAGCUGCGGCUCUCAUGCUCCACUGUGGCUGAAUGGAGGACAUCCGUCAGUUGAGGAUGGAGUGGUCACUCGCAAUGUCUGUGGUCACUGGGACAAUAACUGCUGUUAUUUCCGAUCCAAUCCUAUUCAAGUCAAAGCCUGUCCAGGCAAUUAUUUUGUUUAUGAGUUUGUGCAACCAGCUUUCUGCUCUUUGGCAUACUGCGCAGAUGUAGCAAGCAUAAAAACUACCUCUACUACUGUCACACCAAAGAAAACCUCAACAACAGACACAACCACCAUGGACUUUACUGAAAGCACAACAACCACAACAGAAAAGCACAACAACAGAAACCACAAACAACAACAACAAGCACACAACAACAGAAAGCACCACCACAGGUACCACAACAACCAGAAAGCACAACAAUGGAAACAACAAGUAAAGCACAACAGAAAGCACAACACACACAACAAGAAAAGCACGACAACAACAGAAAGCACCACAACUGAGCCAACAACAGAAAGCACUACAACGACAGAAAGUACAACAACUGAAAGCACCACAACAAUAGAAAGUACAACAGAAAAAAGCACAACAACAGAAAGUACAACAACAGAAAGCACAACACAACAGAGCACAACAACAACAGACAACAACAACAGAACACAACAGAGAAAGCACACAACAACAGAAACACAACAACAACAGAAAGCACAACAACAAA